CAUUGGCUCGUGAAAGCUCCAGUCUCGGAGCCACUUGUAGUUUAGACACAUUACUUCCGGAGUCAAGUAAAUCAUAGGCGGAGCCCCGGAGGUGACAUUCAACAUGGCGUCCUCCUGGCUGGCACUGCUUCGCGGCUGUGUUCGUGGUAUCGGGGGGAAGGGGCUGAGCGGGAGCGCCCGGGACUCGCUGUGUGUUUCUCGUUCCUUGGCAUGUGGAGCCGAACUUACUCAGAGACAGCUUAGUACCGCAGUGUCAACUACUGGGGAGAAGGUCACCCACACUGGACAGGUUUUUGAUGAAGGUGACUACAGAAAAGUAAGAUUUGUUGGAAAGCAGAAAGAGAUAAAUGAGCAGUUUGCUAUUAACCUUAUUGCUGAGCAACCGGUGAAUGAAGCCAAAAGUAGAAUUGUGUCCUGUGAUGGUGGAGGGGGAGCACUAGGUCAUCCUAGAGUGUAUAUUAACUUGGACAAGGAAACAAAAACAGGAACUUGUGGAUACUGUGGGCUGCAGUUUAAACAAAAGCCUCAUCACUAGUCAUCAAUCCUCAGUGAAGUGUAUACAGUAUUGCAUUUGUAAAACCAUUAUCUAUUAAACGUAUCUAUCAAACAUCA